CACAGGGCAGGGUCUUCCGCUUCCGGAGCCACGGUUUUCUCAUCUGUACAACGGGCAGAGAAGCCCCCCAGCGCCGGCGCCAUGAAGGAGGAGGCCUUCCUGCGCCGCCGCUUCUCCCUGUGCCCGCCUUCCUCCACCCCACAGAAAGCCGACCCCCGCAGACUGGCGCGGAACCUGCUGCUCGGCGGAGAGAGUGAGCUGUUCCCUCUCGGCCCAGGGAAGGACAUGGAGCCCAACAGCCCGUCGCUGCCACGGGAUGACGGGCCCCCGACCCCUGGCUCCGCCACCAAGUUGCCACCGGCGGACUACAGGCUGUGCAAUGGGUCCAACAAGGAAUGUGUGUCCCCAGUGGCCAAGGUCACCAAGAAGGAAACUCUCAAGGUGCAGAAGGAAAACUACCGGCAGGAGAAGAAGCGCGCCACGAAGCAGCUGCUCAGCGCCCUGACGGACCCCCGCGUGGUCAUCAUGGCCGACAGCCUGAAGAUCCGAGGGACCCUGAAGAGCUGGACCAAACUGUGGUGCGUGCUGAAGCCGGGGGUCCUGCUCAUCUACAAGACACCCAAGGUGGGCCAGUGGGUGGGCACGGUCCUCCUGCACUGCUGCGAGCUCAUCGAGCGGCCCUCCAAGAAGGACGGCUUCUGCUUCAAGCUCUUCCACCCACUCGACCAGUCCGUCUGGGCCGUGAAGGGCCCCAAAGGAGAGAGUGUGGGCUCCAUCACACAGCCCCUCCCCAGCAGCUACCUGAUCUUCAGGGCCGCCUCUGAGUCUGAUGGCCGCUGCUGGCUGGACGCCCUGGAGCUGGCACUGCGCUGCUCCAGCCUCCUGCGACUCAGCACGUGCAAGCAGGGUGGCGACCGGGAGCCUGGGUCCUCACCGGACGCGUCGCCCUCCUCGCUCUGUGGGCUGCCCGCCUCGGCCGCCAUGCAGGACCAGGACCUGUUCCCACUGAACGGGUCCUGCCUGGAGAACGACGCUUUCUCAGACAAGUCAGAGAGGGAGGCUGCGGAGGAGUCGGACAGCGAGACCCAGGACCACAGCCGGAAGACCAAUGACAGCGGCAGUGACCAGGUGGAGGCCCCGGGGGGCCCAGGGCCUCGAGGGACCACCUAUGUGGAGCAGGCCCAGGAGGAGCUGUGGGAGCUGGGCGAGGCGUCCCAGGUGGAGACGGUGUCGGAGGAGAACAGGAGCCUGGUGUGGGUGCUGCUGAAGCAGCUGCGGCCCGGCAUGGACCUGUCCCGCGUGGUGCUGCCCACCUUUGUCCUGGAGCCCCGCUCCUUCCUCAACAAACUGUCCGACUACUACUACCACGCGGACCUGCUCUCCCGGGCCGCGCUGGAGGGGGACGCCUACAGCCGCAUGAAGCUGGUGCUGCGGUGGUACCUGUCCGGCUUCUACAAGAAGCCCAAGGGGAUCAAGAAGCCCUACAACCCGAUCCUGGGGGAGACCUUCCGCUGCAGCUGGUUCCACCCCGAGACCAACAGCCUCACCUUCUACGUGGCAGAGCAGGUGUCUCACCACCCGCCCGUGUCCGCCUUCCACGUCAGCAACCGGAAAGACGGCUUCUGCAUCAGCGGCAGCGUCACCGCCAAGUCCCGGUUCUACGGGAACUCGCUGUCAGCGCUGCUGGACGGCAAGGCCACGCUCACCUUCCUGAACCGGGCGGAGGAUUACACCCUCACCGUGCCCUACGCCCACUGCAAAGGAAUCCUGUACGGCACCAUGACCAUGGAGCUGGGCGGCAGCGUGACCAUCGAGUGCAAGAAGAACAACUUCCGAGCUGAGCUGGAGUUCAAGCUCAAGCCUUUCUUUGGGGGCAGCACGAGCAUCAACCAGAUCUCAGGGAGGAUCAUGUCGGGAGAGGAGGUCCUGGCUCAGCUCUCCGGACACUGGGACCGGGAAGUGUUCAUCCAGGAGGAGGGGCGGGGAGGCGCGGAGCUCUUCUGGAACCCGAGCGCGGAGGUGCGCGGGCGGAGGCUGCGGAGGCGCACGGUGCUCCUCGAGGAGCAGGCGGAGCUGGAGUCGGAGAGGCUCUGGCAGCACGUCACCAGGGCCAUCAGGGACGGUGACCAGCACAGGGCCACGCAGGAGAAGUUUUUACUGGAGGAGGCGCAGCGGCAGCGGGCCCGUGAGCACCAGCAGAGCCUCACACCCUGGACGCCCCGGCUGUUCCACCUGGACCCCGCCACCCAGGAGUGGCGCUACCGCUUCGAGAACCACAGCCCCUGGGACCCCCUGAGGGACGUCGCACAGUUUGAACAAGACGGCGUGCUGCACACCCUGCGGCGGGAGAUCCUGACCGGCCAGAGCCGUGCGGUGGGCAGUCCAGGGCCUGGGCACCAGGGGCCUGGCCCAGAGCGGCGGCUUCGCAAGGCCAGCGACCAGCCCUCUGGCCACAGCCAGGUCACCGAGAGCAGCGGAUCCACGCCCGAGUCCUGCCCAGAGCUCUCGGAGGAGGACGGCGAUGGAGACUUUGUCCCUGGCAGCGAGAGCCCCUGCCGGCGGUGCGGCAAAGAGGCCCGGCGGCUGCAGGCCGUGCACGAGGCCACCCUGUCCCUCCGGGAGGCGCAGCAGGAGCUGCACAGGCAGCUUGUGGCCCUGCUGAGCUCCACGGCGAGGGCCAGGCGGGCAGUGGCCCCUGGCCCCCUGCAGAGCCCGCGCUCCUGGUGCCUGCUCUGUGCGCUCCUGGCCUGCCAGCUGCUCCUGAACCUCAUCCUCACGUGAGCGCCCCUGGGGGGGCGGUGCAGCCACCUCCUGCGGGACUCAGCCUGCUCCUGCCCCACCUCCAAGGCACCCAGCACUUUAAACCGGCCCCAGGGAGGCAGAGGGGCGCCACGAGCUCAGCCCCUGUGGACAGAGGGGCCCCGGGGACAGGAGGGUGGCAGGAGGGACCUGGGGCUGCCCAGCUCCUCCUGGGGAGGCGCUGGCCUCUCUGAAGGGCCCUCACCCCGCUCUGGCCUUAAUGCUCAAGCCAAAUGCCACUUUGUCUUGCGACACACGCCCAGGUCAUCUGGCCUCUCUCUCCCAGCCCAGCACCUACCUGCCAUGAGGGGUGGACGCAGGCAGGGAGGAGGUGGCCCCCAGCGUUGGACGUCUGCUCCCCAGCCGGGUAUAGGGGAGCGGGGAGCAAGCCAAGGAGUCCCCAGGGCUGCCUUGGUUCAGACCCACAAGCUGUCGCUCCCGAGACCCUGCCCCUGUCGCUCUGGCAUGGCCUAGAGCAGGGAGCUGGGAUGGCCUUGAGGGGGUUCCUGGAAUCCUGCGGCCCACCUGCUGGGAAGGAGCCCAGUUAGAAGGAAGGAACCCGCCCUACCUCCAGCAGCCCAGCCCUGUCCUAGGGGAGGGGCGCCUGUGUUCACCGCUGUGUGGGCGCUGGGCCUUCCUGGGCCGCUUGCCAGCUUGUGAGGGGUGAAACGCACACUCACUCGGGCACACCUGGGGACGCCUUCCCCGGGCCCGGGCUGGUCCCCUCGUUCCUGCACCCCCACCCCCCAGCCACACACUUGCUAAAUAAAUGCGAAAGCGACACCUUGGGCAGGCGGCAGUGUCUGGAUUCUGCUCCUGUGUCCAGGGCCACAUGUGCGCGUGUGCACGUGUGCGAGCACCUGCGCGCGCCGGUGCCCACCGAGCCUGACCGCUGCGGUGGCCGGGCCCUCUGAGCUGCCUGCCUCAUCCUCCGGUUUUGUAUCCAUGUCUUGUCCCUCCUUCCCCAGUUGGGG